AGUUGGGUGAACCGCUUGAAAAACCGAACCACUUUGCAGACAUGAAGCACUUUGAGGAUAACAAGUAAAUCAACGCGGUAGGAUUUAUUUGUUACCUUGAGUGCUCAGUGUUUUAUUUGCCAAAUUGCUCGACAUUUUCCCGCGAGGAGGUUCUCGUUCAACUCGACUCCCAAUGGAUCCCAGGACCGCUUGGUUCCAGCCGGAGCAGAAAGGACCUGCCAGUUCCCUGUGGAUGCACAUUUGGGAAACCUCUCAGGGAUUUGGAGCAAACUCCGGCAUCGACAACCUCCUUCACCACCAACGCAACUUUGCGGUACAAAAUGCGAACUCCACGGACUCAAACGGCGAGUACUGCAAAAAGCUAGCGCCGCCGCCGGGGGGGGUGUUUGGAAAUCUGCCCAAGCGAGACGGCGGCGGAGAGAGGGGAAGUGUCCGGAGGAAGGGCUCGUUGUCGCCGUCCUCCUCCUCUCUGGACUCGGAGGCCGAAAGCUCGUCGCCCUCCGGCUCCUCUCUGCAAAUCGAUAAUUUGAACGUCGCCGAAGAGGCCAGCCGGUUUUUACACUACGGCGAGCACGAGUUCAACGAGAACAAUCUGAGGCGGCAGCGGACGCGUCCUCCGCCUUUCCACGCCGUUCAGCAACACUGUCGCAGCAUGCAACAACCCUUCGGCCACACCCCCAGCGGGAUGAAAAAUCAGCAUGGGAGCAAGCACCACCACCAUCAACCACAUUCGUCCGGCCGCAGGCGGCAUCUGAACAGAGCCAACACUUUCCACGGCAUCGACCCGCUCCUGUCGUACGGGCACUACGUAGACUCCUCCUGCAGCCUGUGGAAAACCAGGCGGUACAGCCCGGGCAUCAACGGUCUUCACGAAGAAAUCGUGGACUUUUUCAACUUCAUGUCACCGCGGCCGGAGGAGGAGGCCAUGAGACGAGAUGUCGUGAACAGGAUAGAGAGCGUCAUCAAGGACCUGUGGCCGACAGCACGGGUGGAGAUAUUUGGCAGCUUCAGCACAGGACUUUAUCUUCCAACAAGUGACAUUGACCUGGUGGUGUUUGGACAGUGGGACCAUCCCCCACUGCAGGAACUGGAACAAGCCCUGAAGAAACACAAUGUGGCUGGCCCGUAUCCCAUCAAGGUCCUCGACAAAGCUACAGUGCCAAUCAUCAAGCUUACUGACCAUGAAACUGAGGUGAAGGUGGACAUCAGCUUCAAUGUAGAGACUGCUGUUAAAGCGGCACAGUUCAUCAAAAGCUAUCUCAAGAAGUACACUGUUCUGCCGCCCCUGAUCUUCGUCCUGAAGCAGUUUCUGCUGCAGAGGGAUCUGAAUGAAGUCUUCACGGGAGGCAUCAGCUCUUACAGCCUUAUACUAAUGGCCAUCAGCUUUCUGCAGUUACACCCUCGGAUCGACACGCAACGUACCAACAUCAACCUGGGCAUCCUGUUGAUUGAGUUCUUUGAGCUGUAUGGCCGCGAUUUCAACUACAUGAAGACCGGCAUCAGGGUGAAGAACGGAGGUGCUUACCUGUCCAAGGAGGAGAUGCUCAAAGCAAUGGGUAGUGGAAACAGACCAUCCAUGCUCUGCAUAGAAGAUCCAAUUCAACCAGGGAACGACGUGGGCAGGAGUUCAUAUGGCAUCCUGCAAGUCAAGCAGGUGUUUGACUUUGCCUACAUGGUGCUGAGUCAUGGUGUGUCUCCUCUCGCACGAGCUUACCCCAACAAAGAGUAUGACAGUACUUUAGGACGCAUCAUCAGAGUCAGCCCAGAGGUGUUGGCCUAUAGGGACUGGACGAUUAAGAAAUGGGGAGCCAAGCAGUAUGCAAAGUUGGAGAACCAUGAUAUAGAGACCUGUGAGCAGGACCUCGCCAGGCUGAUGCUGGUUUCUGUGGAGGAUCAGAGAGAUACUUCCUCCCCUCUCAGUGCUGACUCGCCCUCACCCUCUCCAGUCUUCCUCCCCAGCCCUCAACACCAUUCAUCAUCGUCGUCUGCAUGCUCGCUCUCCUCCUCUUCUUCCGGAAGUGACAUAGAGUCUGAUUCUCCUCCAAGCAGUAAUGCCGCUAUCCAGCUCCACCACCUCACCCCGGCCUCAGUCCAUUCAGUAAUGCAGAUGGCUACUGACCUGAGGGCCACACAUCCAGCGAGCUUUAUCCACACCCCGCCUCAGGUCCAGAUGUCCAUCCCAGAAAACCUAACCAUCCCCCAACUCUCUGACUGCCACUUCUACCACGAGAAUCCACCUUCAAUCAGCGUUGUGCACCGUCAUAUGGCACAAGCUGCACAAGUCUGCCAGCACACCAACUCCACAAGCCCUCUUCCCAGCCCCCUUCACCAUCUCCACCAUUCUCAGGUAGGAGGCCAGCAGGGCCAUGCUUACACCAUGAGAUCCAACUCCCAUGGCUCCCUUGAGCCGCACAAAGUUGGCUUCAAGCACAAUCAAGUUGCCAGCCUCCGAGGUCAAAACCACUCUCAAGUUAACUUCAGUCCCCAGCGGCAGUUCAUUCCCCAGGGUCAUAACACAACACCAGGUUUCAGGAACCAGCAACAGUACAACCGUAACACCUGGCGGCGCAGAAAGAGGGACAAUCUUCCUGCUCUCAACCAGAGCAGAUAAGAGGCUGAAACUGCAUGGCUCAACUUGACUGGCAGGGGUUUUUUGAAGGCCUCAUUUAGCCCAUCAUAAAGUGUUGGUGUUGUAAAGCUGUGAAUGAUUCAUGAUACACCUGUUUUUUGUUGGAGGCUCCCCAAAAUGUGUCAACUUCAUCCUGGAAUUAACAAGUCAAUUGAAGUAGUCUCCAAGGUGUCAAAUGAUCAGUCUCUGCUAGCAUUGUGCGAACACUAAGUGAUGCUGCUCUUGCAGGUGACGGAAGACUGUGAAAGACCUACAAGUCUUAGCUCUACUCAUUUUGUUAUAUUGGUCUGAUGGUAGUCACAAGCCCUUCCUCUGAAUUUGAUGCACACCAGCACAGACUCUGAGUUGACUGAAGAAUUACUGAUUCCCAGACUGGACCUUCUCAAACGGUCACUUUCCAGCUGCUAAAAACUUUGGCUGAUCAACUAAAGACUUCAGUCAAGUAUUGAGUUUCAAUGCAACUCGAACAUCUUGGAAAGCAACAUCACGUGCCAUAGUACUGAACUGGUUUAUCAAGCCUGGUCUGUCUUGAAGUUUUGACUCUUAAUGGACCUUGAUCAGGUUUUGGGCUCAUUUGGUCUUCUGAAUGCAAAUCCAUAUUGGCUACGCUCUUGAGUCAGAGCUCUUAAAGCUUGGACUAUCAUCUACAAAUUGUACUCUGGACUGAAGCGAAGCACUACCUUUCUACCUAUGCAGCACAACGCUGACUUGAUGUUUUUGGUGUGACGGCACAAAACGGACAUUGUCUCAAGUGCUUAAACUGUGAUGACUUGUUUGAAUGUACCAAGUGUUUUCUUUGUGUCUGUGUGUUGGUCAUUUUCUUUUGUUCUCUUGUUUUUUGUUUUGUCACCGAGGGAUUUUUUUUCUUAUCACAUUGGCACUAUUGUGUUUUGUUUUUGUAUUGUCAAUAUUACCACCUUCUGUUUGUUGCGUUUAUGUGCAAUAAUGACUUGCUUUUAUUUAAUUUAUUUCACAUUUUAGUUUUAUUUUUGGGGUUUUCCCCACUAUAAGUUUGCUUUUUUAUUUCUAGACAUCAUUGAUCUGUGCAAUAGAUGGAUUUAAGGGCCUUGAAGGAAUGUGUUUGUAUGUAUGUUCUGCUUCCCAGCAGAAGGGGGAGCUAUGGUAUUGCAACAUGAGAAAUGUGCCAAAAAUCCCAUGAUGCCAACAUUUUAGUCUUGUUUAAUUUACCAUUGCAUCAUGAUCACUUGAAAUUUUGCCAACUGCCUGUCCAAAUGUUUUCCACCACUAGUUCUAACUUUAAACAUAUCACUCUAUUCAUUAGUUUGACUUUUAUUUGGGUGUAUUUCCUCUAGAUAGACUCUAGGCUGUACAGGGGAAAUGCAUCUUUAGUAAUUUUCCUUCCUGUCAUUUCAAGAAUAGUCGGUGCUACUUAUUACCAGCAAAAUGCUUGUUUUGCCUUAUAUCUCCUUUGAUUCUGUUAAAGCAACAGGUUAACUGCCUUCUUAAAUGACCAAAUUUGCCCUUUUUCCUGGACGUAGCCAGCCCUCUGUAUUUACCCUUUGUUUCUACAAGCACUGCCAGGUUCACUUGGCUUUUAUUUUUACAUGCAGCUUCUAGGUGUGUGCUCCAGGAGUAGACUCCCGCUGCAGUCAACGAUUGUUAGCAUUAGCUUCAUUUCCAUCUUUUUUUUUCUUUUUUUUUUUUUUUAAUUCAAAGGUGAUCAUUACAAACUGGUUGUACAAGAGAUUUUCCUCUCCCAUAUUUAAAGUCAGUAUUUCUAAGACAAGGUUUCAAAGCUACAUAAUUCACACAGCAAUCCAGACAAGGACUUGAGCUCGGGAAGUCACAGAUUCACCAUUACACAAGUUUUGGUAGAGCCAUGAACCAAACCAAAAUUUGCUGAAGUCAUGUGUGUGGUGAUGUCAUAUGAAGUCUGUGAUCAUUUUACCAACUCAACAUGAUACCAUUAGCAUUAUCCCCUUGUCAGUGCGGCUUUUAUUAAGCCGUCCAGGAGAUAAUGGAUGGGUUGUCACAUAAUAUUGCCACAAACCAAAUCCCCAGCUCAUAUGUGUGUAAUUUAGGAUUGGUUGUGUGUAAAUGACUGACAUAUAGAUGUAUACCUUGUUUUUUAUGUAAGUUUUUCUAUUUUUUUAAUAAACAUUUUAAAACUCCA